AGUUUCACCUCCAGCUCCGGCUCUUAAUGAUUCGUCCGCUGCAGAUCUGACUAUCACUCUCCCUUUUCUGGGUUACUGUACUUUUUGGAAGAAUCUCGGUUUAUCACCAACAAAUAAUCCUCUCUCCUCUUCUGCUAGCCCCGUGAGCAUCACCAAACCUCUGGAGCCACCAUGACGGAGGCGGAGGCGUUUGAGAAGAAGCAGCAGCAGCACAAGCCCAGCAACGGGAACGUUCCUCCGGAGGCCACCAGAGAAGACGUGUUUGAUCACACAUACAAAGAGAAGGAAGGCCCCAAACCUCCCAGCAACAUCGUAUGGAGAAAUGUCAUAAUGAUGACUUUAUUGCAUAUAGGUGCCAUGUACGCCUUGCUCCUAGUCCCUUCAGCAUCUCCUAUGACCUUGCUUUGGUCUGUCCUUUGUUUUUUGAUAAGUGCUUUAGGAGUCACUGCAGGAGCUCACCGCCUGUGGAGUCACAGAUCCUACAAGGCCACAUUACCUCUAAAGAUCUUUCUCGGUGUCGCUAACUCCAUGGCGUUUCAGAAUGAUAUCUUCGAAUGGGCUCGAGACCACAGGGUUCACCACAAAUUCUCAGAGACUGACGCCGACCCUCACAACGCUGUGCGGGGCUUCUUCUUCGCCCACAUUGGCUGGCUGCUCGUGCGCAAACACCCCGACGUCAUCGAGAAGGGGCGCAAGCUGGAGCUCAAAGACCUGCUGAAUGACAAAGUUGUAAUGUUCCAAAGGAAGUACUACAAGCCGUCUGUGCUGCUCAUGUGCUUCUUCAUCCCCAUGUUCGUGCCUUGGUACCUGUGGGGGGAGUCUCUGUGGGUGGCCUAUUUUGUCCCGGCUCUGCUGAGGUACACCUUGGUGCUGAAUGCCACCUGGCUGGUCAACAGUGCCGCUCACAUGUGGGGGAACAGACCCUACGACAAGAACAUCAACCCCCGGGAGAACAAGUUUGUCACGUUCAGCGCUAUAGGCGAGGGAUUCCACAACUACCACCACUCCUUCCCGUACGACUACGCCACCAGCGAGUUCGGCUGCAAGUUGAACCUCACCACUUGUUUCAUCGACUUCAUGUGCUUCUUUGGCCUGGCUAAAGACCGCAAGAGGGUGUCCAACGAGGUAGUCCAGGCCCGGAUACAGCGCACGGGAGACGGAAGCCCCCGGAGUGGCUAAGAUCUUCGAAACUGUGUUCAGCUUCGAGGAAGAUACAACGGCAAAAAAAGAAGAAGCUUCACAGUCCUUUGACAGCUCUACAUUCUUCAUCCUCUGAGGAAACAAGUCAGCUUCAUUAGGGCCUCGACCACAUUUUGCUUGUUUUUGUGGUUUUUGUAGCUGUAACUACACAAAUUGUCCGAGAUGGAUAACAACCCAACAUUUUUUUUUGCAAAGCUCUUGGCCUGGGUUUCUACUGUUCCGACAGGCCAAAGUGUUGCAAAGAUGUUUUAGAUUUGAAGUAGAUCCAUUUCUGAAAAGUUAACUUCAUUCUGUUUCUGCUGUCUUCAUGCAAGUCAUGGUAGCCGAUCAUUUUUAUGUAAGUAUUACUGAAUUAUUAAUCAAAGUAGACACAGAAAUGUGGAGUUACAACUGAUAAGGAACAAUACUGAUUGGAGACUGUUGCCUUUACUGCAGUUUACAGCAACCUUUUACAGCUCUGAUAGAAAUUUGGAGAACUUGACGAGCUGAGAAAAAAAAGGGAAACAUUUUUGUUUAGUGAAGACAAAGUUGCUGGCUUUAAUGAUAUAGGGCACAUUUUGAAGAGCAAGGGAACCCAGACCAUCUCCUUUUAUCUACAUUGACAAAGUUGCAGCGCGUACUCGGUUUUUCUUCUGCAGCAAAUUGAAACAAAUGUGAUUUUUCUUAAAGCAAAUGAAGGGACACACUUAUCUUUGAAAUAAAAAACUGCCAUCUAAAGAGACAAGAUGUGAUUUUAACUUGAAACCAUGUGAUGUUUCAUCGUCUUUUUAAUGACUUUAACGUAGUGCUAAGAGCGUGCCAAUCGGCGACACAUUUACAAGCAUCUCAACAGAGCACACUUAGUCGAUAUUGCUUCUUCAGUUAACAUCAUCGUGGAAGUUUUUUAACAUUGUGGCAUCAGUUGCUUUGCUUUCCUCUUUCAGACUCUUUCUAUCUUUUUCUUUUUCCCCGCCCCUGUAACGUGCAAGCAGCAGAGAUCUGAUUGGUGGGACGUAGCAGCCGGUCACAUGACAGUUCUGGCGUUAUAUAAACAAAACAAAAAAAACAACACGCCGCCCAUGCAUGAUGAUAUUCUGUAGUAGGUGUCAUAGUGAGGUGUUUCUUCGGUGACUCUUAUGGCAGUCUAUUUUUGUAACGUGCUGUGGAGCUGCGUCGCUUUCCUGAGACGGGGUCUGGUUUCCCUUUGAUGUUCUAAAACGCUGAUUGUCACUGCAAAAAAAUUCAGGUGCAUCAAUGUUUAUGUUCACUUCUGGUGUGCCGAAUGCCUAUAUUAUCUUAUUUAUGUAUUUAUUUCUUUUUUUUCCUCAUUGACUAAAAAACCUGGACCUGAUUUCCCCUACUCUAAUAUUUGGCCAACAGUCUCGUAACAAACUAAAAGCACCUGUUUGUUUCCCCCCCCCCCCCCCCUAAGAGUCAGGAAACAACCAAAUGCCUUAUGACUUGCAUCCAUUCCUGAUCUUUCUACAUGUCUUCUCAGUUAAGACAAAAACAAAACAGAGCGAUGUCCAUGUUUACAGGCUGUAGCACCAGGUGGAACUUUUAAUUUUAGGCAAAUGGUAGCAUGAUAACAUACGAGAUCUGUAAAUGCAAACAGAGGAGAACAGGUGUCGAAUACAAACACAACUCCUGGUGCAAAAUGUUCAAUCCACAGAUUUUAAUAGCAAAGAGAACACCUGAUGGAUGUGCCAACUAGCUUCACCCCAUCUCGGCAUCAAAGGUGCUGUCAUGAGAGUCUUAAAGCACCAGACAAACCCGACAAUAUGUAUCACAAGCCAUGCAAACAACUCCUGCAGCAUAGAGCGCCAAAAUCUACAUUUUUCCCAGCAGUGAGGAGGAUCCAAAAGGUUGUCACUCUGAAUGAUUAUGUCAAAUCUCAACUGUACUCUAUUCUGAAAUAAAAUUCCCAAUAUUUUCAAUACACUCGUAAUUCCAUUAA